AGCGUCGCUUUGUACCCCUAGACUGAUUCCUUCGCCACCCCUGUUGAGUGCUGACCACUCCGUACGACUUGUAAUCCCUCCCUACACAAGUGUUGCGUGGCAGAAUGCUUGUCUUCAACUACGGUCUCUGACUGACUCUAAGCUGCAUUCUUCGGCACGUAUCGACGAUUGCCCUAUUGGUCUGGCCGCUGCAGACGAAGGGCAACAACUUUCAUUCAGACGAGGGUGAGACGAGACAGCAUGCGAGUCAAAUUUCCAGCAGUAAACAUCGUCCUGCAGCUCGUGCUUUGCUGUGUCCAUCUACAAUCAGUCGCUGCCAACGAGAGUCAGCUCCGGCAUACAGGCAUAACGCGCUGGAUCCUUCACAUCAAGCGCAUGCUCGGGAUUGGUCUUGAGCCCUUGCCAGGCACGUUAAAAAAGUCGCAAAAAAAGCCUAAAUAUCCGCGAGACCCGGUACGCUGGUGUAAUCAGCCGAUGAUCAGUCUCAAUCAGUACCAUCCAAAGCGUGAUAACGACACCGACUGCAAAGCAUCAUGUCACGAAAUGGUUGCAAUACAUGCCAACACGUUGGAAAGCAUGCCUUUCCUAUGCCAAGACUUGUCGGUGAGCAAAGAGUAUGACUGGGUAUAUUACGACACUACCAGGUAUGAGAUACCACAACCUGGUUAUAGUUCGAACGGCCAGGGUUAUGCAUGGAUGAAUUGCUGGUGCGAUGUGAAGUUGGUGAUGAACCGCAUGCGCAUACCAGAUUACGAAUUCAAUGAGGAUGGCUCGCCGUUCACUCCGGACCAGGAACCGACAUUCAAGGGCUGUACUUUGGACCAUUUGGCCAGGAGUUUGGAAUUCUCUCGGCUCACCGCAAUGACGAGUGGACCUCCAACGUGGCUCCGGGAGAAGGUUCUGUGCUCAACUCGCGAUCCUAUCGACCCUGAAAUGUCGCAGCAUUGGCCGGUACUAAAAGUGAUAUUGUAUGGUCAACAGCUAAUUGAUGAUGUUAUGGCUGAAGAGUUAAGGCUCAAACGUCAGGACAACUACGAUUUCAUGGCCUCAUUUCCGACGCCCUGGAUUUGAAGGGAGAUACAACAUGUAGAGAACUUGCUUGCAUUGGCCUUUGCGUUUCGCUGGUGGAUUAUUUUUGCCAUAGCAUGAGUACUUUUGAAUUAAUUGACUCAGAAGAAUCUGACGAAAGCACAAGUAGAGCGGAUACGCAACUGCAGACUUACGCAGCC